GACAGUGCAAAAUAUGAAACAACUCAUUUGCAGGGAAGUAAAUCACCGAAAACUGUUUAUGAACUGGCAUCCCUUCUUCGAAAUGUAAAGCGAGGACCUCUUUAAGUGGCGCCCCCAACUACAGCCGCCGCCGCCGCCGCCGCCUCAAAAUUCAAUAAAAUGAGCUCUUAUUUCGUCAACUCACUGUUCUCCAAAUACAAAACCGGGGAGUCCCUGCGCCCCAAUUAUUAUGACUGCGGCUUCGCCCAGGACCUGGGCGGCCGACCCACCGUGGUGUACGGUCCCAGCAGCGGCGGCAGCUUCCAGCACCCGUCGCAAAUCCAGGAGUUCUACCACGGGCCGUCGUCGCUGUCCACGGCUCCCUAUCAGCAGAACCCGUGCGCCGUGGCGUGCCACGGGGACCCGGGCAACUUCUACGGCUACGACCCGCUGCAGCGGCAGAGCCUGUUCGGUGCGCAGGAUCCAGACCUGGUGCAGUACGCCGACUGCAAGCUCGCCGCCGCCAGCGGCCUGGGCGAGGAGGCCGAGGGUUCGGAGCAGAGCCCAUCGCCCACGCAGCUCUUCCCCUGGAUGCGCCCGCAAGCAGCCGCCGGACGCAGGCGAGGCCGACAGACCUACAGCCGCUACCAGACCCUGGAGCUGGAGAAGGAGUUCCUAUUUAAUCCCUAUCUGACUCGCAAGCGGCGGAUCGAGGUAUCACAUGCGCUGGGACUAACAGAGAGACAGGUCAAAAUCUGGUUCCAGAACCGGAGGAUGAAGUGGAAAAAAGAGAACAACAAAGACAAGUUCCCCAGCAGCAAAUGCGAGCAGGAGGAGCUGGAGAAGCAGAAGCUGGAGCGGGCCCCGGAGGCGGCAGACGAGGGUGAUGCGCAGAAGGGCGACAAGAAGUAGGCUCCAGCUGGGACUGCCAGGGCCGCGGUCGCGCUGCGUCCGCGGGUCCCCAGACCGCGCUGCUGUCGCCCGCCCCCGCCCGAGAGAGCUCUGGCCCCGCGAGCGGGGCCGGGAGCCUGGCCUCCCACCGCAGCGUCCCCGCCGCGCCAGUCCCCGCUAGUGGUAGUAUCUCGUAAUAGCUUCUGUGUGUGAGCUACCGUGGAUCUCCUUCCCUUCUCUUGGGGGGCCGGGGGCGGGGGGAGAAAAAAGGAUUUUAAGCAAGGACUCCCUCGCCCUGCGAGGAUGAGCGGCUGCGGCCUGGCUGAGCCCCCCCCUACGCCCCCGCCCCAUGUAAAAAGCCUCCUUGUGCAAUGGUCUUUUUUUUUCCUUUGAACGUGCUUCUUUGUAAUGACCGAGGUACCGAUUUCUGCUAAGUUCUCCCAACAACAUGAAACUGCCUAUUCACACCGUAAUUCUUUCUGUCUCCCUCUCUCGCUUUCUCUCUGUCUCUCUCUCUCUCUCUCACCUCGUCCUCAUUCCGGCCCCCCCCCCCCCCCCCGCGCUGCCCUCCCUAGCUCGCUGGCUUUUUCUCUGGCUUCUGUCUUUUCCUCCCCCCCCACCCCCCGCUUUGGUUUGACAAUUUUGUCUUAAGUGUUUCUCAAAAGAGGUUACUUUAGUUAGCAUGCGCGCUGUGGGCAAUUGUUAAAAGUGUUCUUAGGUUUACUGUGAAGAGAAUGUAUCCUGUAUCCGUGAAUUGCUUUAUUGGGGGGAGGGAGGGCUAAUUAUAUAUUUUGUUGUUCCUCUAUACUUUGUUCUGUUGUCUGCGCCUGAAAAGGGCGGAAGAGUUACAAUAAAGUUUACAAGCGAGAACCCGA